CGGCUCUCAGUGAAAGCACCAGUGCAGUCUGAACUCCACUCUCCGGGCCGCUUUCCCAGGUGCUCUGGACGCGAUCACUCUUAGUCACCGAAAGGCUCGCGGGCUUUGGGGCUGGAGGGAUCCCCGAGCAAGCUCGAGCCCCGAGCCGUCUCAGGAUCACGGGGAGCCCGAGCCCGCUGCAAGAACGCAUACGGGACCCGCGCGGCCCCAGGCUGCUCUCUCGGCCGAGCCAGCCGUCUGUGCCCCCUGUGCCCAGAGCCGUCGCCUGCCCAGGCGGGAUUGGCAGAGAGUCGAACGUCGGGAGAUCGGGGUUCCUAGAGGGUAAAUCGUGUCUCGACCGCCAUGGGCAGCAAGACCCUGCCGGCGCCCGUGCCCAUCCACCCGUCGCUUCAGCUCACCAACUACUCGUUCCUGCAGGCCGUGAACGGGCUGCCCGCCGUGCCCUCGGAGCACCUGCCCAGCCUCUACGGCUUUAGCGCCCUGCACGCCGUGCACCUGCACCAGUGGACCCUGGGCUACCCCGCCGUACACCUGCCGCGCUCCUCUUUCUCCAAGGUGCCCGGCGCAGUGUCCAGCCUCGUGGACGCCCGCUUGCCGUUGCCCGCCUUCCCCUGGUUCCCGCACGUCAUCCAGCCCAAGCCUCAGGACGGGGGGGUCGGCGGGCCGCCGCUCAAGGCCAAGCCUCGCUUCGACUUCGCCAACCUGGCCCUGGCCGCCACCCAGGAGGACCCGGCCAAGCUCGGCCAGGCCGAGGGCCCCGGCUCGCCUCCGCCGGGGCUCAGCGCCCUGCUCGACGUGACCAAGCUGUCCCCGGAGAAGAAGCCCACCCGCGGCCGCCUGCCCUCCAAGACCAAGAAAGAGUUCGUCUGCAAAUUCUGCGGUCGCCACUUCACCAAGUCCUAUAACCUGCUGAUCCACGAGCGAACGCACACCGACGAGAGGCCCUACACUUGCGACAUCUGCCACAAGGCGUUCCGGAGACAGGACCACCUCCGCGACCACAGGUAUAUACACUCCAAAGAGAAGCCCUUCAAGUGCCAGGAAUGCGGGAAGGGAUUUUGCCAGUCCAGGACUCUAGCCGUCCACAAGACGCUGCACACGCAAGUGAAGGAUCUCAAAGUCAACAAAAUCAAAUGCUGAAGGCCCGCGCCCACCAGGGCCCGUCGGCAGAACUCGGAGGAAGCGGCCUCCGCCCCUGAUCCCAGGCCAAAAGCCCGAGACCCCUUAGCCUGGAGCAAAGAAAGGCGGUGCCAGCCCCUGGCGAGGCCGGGAGUGAAGGCCAGGCUCCGUCUCCCUCUGACCCUCACGCUCAGGCUCCCAGGGGCGCUCCCAGAAUGGACUGGACCGGCCUGGCCUUAGGGCUGUGGACUUAGGGGCGGCGGCCAGUCCACUCCCGGCCUGGACUCAGAAACUUUGCGCCAAGAGGUGGAGCUCAAGGGUCGGCCUCCAGGCUCAAGUGGGAAAGGGCUUCCCAGCCGCCGCCGAGGCCGUCGGCUCCGCCCCCAGGGUUACUGUGGCAUUGUUCCAUUGUUCCCGAGUUCCGUUGUUGCGGCGUUACUUUGUUGCUGUUACGUGCCCGCGGCGCUACAUUGUUGCGGCUUUAUAUUACGUUACAAACUUUUUCUGUAAGUUUCCUUUCUGGACUGAUUUCUCUUUCUCCCCCGAGUGUGCCUAGAAUUGGCCCACGGCGGUGGGAGAACGGAGCGAGGUUAUGGAGAGGGGAGAGGGUGUCGUGGGCUGCUCCAGAGCGCCCCCUUGCAGACUGAAGCGACCCCGGAACCCCAGGGGAUGCUACAAAAGUGGCUUCCGUUGGAAUAAAUACCCCAGCCAUCUCCGCUACCUCCAACAAAAGUCGGCAGAUCUGGGGGCCCGUCCUGUGGGGUCCCGCAGGGGCCUGGACCUCUCUUUUCCACCUUUCCACUCGCCCAGCCCGGGACUCCCUCAGCUAUGAUAACUGGGACCGCGGAGGUCCGGGUCCCGGAGCCCAUGGACACGGUCUGGGGGAGCCAGCGUAGAGAACCUUUACAAGACGGAGGGAGCAGCGAAAGUAAAUCCCAAGCUGGCCCCACCCGCUUCGCCCGGGCCCCUCGGGAGGCGGCCAGGCGCGCCUGGGUUCACACCUGGACAGAGCUCUUUAACGGAAAAGACCAACAGGCUUGUUAAUGUGUAUUAUUAUUAUUUUUAAAUUUUUUCCUAACAGUGUAAAAAAAAAAAGUGUGUGAGAGAGGUCGGUCACAUUUACUUGGUUUCUGUAAGGCGAGAGGCAAGAGGCGGGCGUGUGGCUGUUGGCACUUUAGGCUGAUGAUUGGGAAAAGGACAUUUAUCACUGGAGUUUGGGCUGUUUGUUAUUGAUGUUUAAGAUAUAUUAAAAUAAAUGGUUAUUUUACAGGC